AGUGAGAGAAGGAAGGAAAAGCACAAGCGACAACGUAGGGAAGCUUUGCCUAACUAUUAGAGUUAUUUAUAAGGACGAGGCAAGAACACAGCGUACCGCGUCUGUAUUUUACCUAAGAUAUUAAUAUUGACAAUCCAGUCUUUGUAUAUAGGUUGUUCUUGAAGAGAAGAAAGAAGAGGAGAAGUAACAGGUUAAGUUAAUGCUGUUGCUGUUCGAAUAAGAAACAAAAUGGAUGUAAAUUGCCGUUUGUAACAUUUCUGCCCGUAGUUUUUAUGACAUCUAGGAAGAAAGUUCUUCUUAAAGUCAUCAUCCUUGGAGAUUCAGGUGUUGGAAAGACAUCUUUAAUGAACCAAUAUGUUAACAAGAAAUUCAGCAGUCAGUAUAAAGCUACAAUAGGAGCUGACUUUCUCACAAAGGAGGUGAUGGUUGAGGAUAGACUUGUUACUAUGCAGAUUUGGGACACAGCAGGGCAAGAAAGGUUCCAGUCCCUGGGGGUGGCAUUCUAUCGCGGUGCUGACUGCUGUGUUCUGGUGUUUGAUGUUACUGCUCCCACCACCUUUAAAACUCUGGACUCCUGGCGAGAUGAGUUUCUGAUUCAGGCUAGUCCCCGUGAUCCAGACAGCUUCCCUUUUGUGGCACUUGGCAACAAGAUUGACAUGGAAAACAGGCAGGUGACAACAAAACGAGCUCAGGCCUGGUGUCAGAGUAAAAGCAACAUGCCAUACUUUGAGACCAGCGCAAAAGAGGCCAUAAAUGUUGAACAAGCAUUUAAAACCAUUGCAAGCAAUGCCCUAAAAAAGGAAACAGAAGUAGAGUUGUAUAAUGAGUUUCCAGAGCCAAUUAAGUUGGACAGAAGUGAUAGAUCCAACCCAUCAGCAGAAAGCUGCAGUUGCUGAGACAUGUUUACAUAGACACUAACAUGCACUGUUUAAUGAAAACAGAUUUGCACAUGCAAAUUUUUUUUUUAACACUUUCAACAUUUACAACCAUAUACAGCCAUACACACAUCCACAUACAACCCAUACUACUUGAUCAUGUUAUAAACUUUGUAACUAGUUUUCAUGUCUGGAAAAAAUUGGGAGUGUGUCCUAGCUUCACCAACCCUCUCAUUAUUUACUUUCUGUGCUGGGUUUUGUUUCUUUUUUUAAUUUGCAAAGUUGAUAUCUUAAUAAUAAAAAUAAUGUAAUAAAAUAUAUACUGAUUGGCUUGCCAGGUAUGUGAAAUAUUUUAUGUAUUAUUUUAGAGAUUACUUUGUUGUUAUGACAUGUUGAGAUAUAUCCCCUUUACUGUGUUACUUUGUUGUUUAGAUUUGCUAAGAUGUAUUCACUUAAUUGUGUUUAAGGGUGCACUCAUAAUUUUCUGAGGAAGUGGCAGUUAGGUCACAGAGUAGACAAGGAUUAAAAAUCUUCCUUUCAGGCUUACCUUCUUUUGUUGUAAUCUAAAUAAAUAAAUUUGUCUAUUACUCAUACUUGUACCUUUACAAGUAAAUCUUCAUAAUAAAAUAAAUAUUCAUAAUUUUCAUAAGAAAA